ACCAUGGAGAGGCUGUUGCUGUGUGUGAUGCUGGUAGUUGCUAUGGCAGUGCGGGCACAGAUCUGCCCGAAGCGCUGCGUAUGUCAGAUCCUGUCACCCAACCUCGCAACCCUCUGUGCCAAGAAAGGUCUACUGUUUGUACCGCCGAACAUUGACAGGCAUACAGUGGAGCUACGGCUGGCCGACAACUUUGUCACCAGUGUGAAGAGGAAAGAUUUUGCAAACAUGACGCGGCUGGUAGACCUAACAUUAUCCAGAAACACCAUCUCCUACAUCACACCUCAUGCCUUUGCUGAUCUGGAAAACCUCAGAGCCCUACACCUCAACAGUAACCGGCUGACGAGGAUAGGCAACGAUACGUUCAGCGGGAUGUCGAAGCUUCACCAUCUGAUUCUGAACAACAACCAGCUGGUGCUGAUCCACCAGGGAGCGUUCAAUGACCUGCUGGCGCUGGAAGAAUUGGAUCUCAGUUACAAUAAUCUGGACUCUAUUCCUUGGGAGGCCAUCCAGAAAAUGACGAGCCUCCAUACACUGAGUUUAGACCACAACAUGCUGGACUUUAUUCCAGAAGGAACCUUCUCACUGCUACAGAAACUCAACCGGCUGGAUGUCACCUCCAAUAAACUCCAAAAGCUACCACCAGACCCUCUUUUUCAGCGAGCACAGGUCCUGGCCACGUCAGGGGUCCUGACUUCAUCUUCCUUCGCGCUGUCCUUUGGUGGGAAUCCUCUCCACUGCAACUGUGAAUUACUGUGGCUGAGAAGACUGAACAGAGAGGACGACCUGGAGACAUGCGCCUCACCCCAGCACCUCUCCGGUCGAUACUUCUGGUCCAUCCCUGAGGAGGAGUUCUUGUGCGAACCCCCCCUCAUCACCAGAUACUCCCAUGAGAUGAGGGUGCUUGAAGGGCAGCGAGUUGCACUAAGGUGUAAAGCAAGAGGUGACCCAGAGCCAGCCAUCCACUGGAUCUCUCCAGAGGGCAAACUGGUGUCUAACUCCUCCAGGACGUUGGUCUACAACAACGGGACCCUGGACAUCCUCAUCAGUACUGUGAAAGACACUGGCUCCUUCACCUGCAUCUCCUCCAACCCAGCCGGUGAAGCCCACCAAACAGUAGACCUGGUUAUUAUAAAACUCCCUCACAUCUCCAACAACACCAACAACAUCCAGGAGCCUGACCCGGGGUCGUCUGACAUCUCCACAUCGACCCGAGGCGGAGCCAACGGGAGCAACGUGACUGGUGACGUGAAGGGAGCGGACAAGAGGGUGGUGACGGCCGAGGCCACGUCAUCAACAGCGCUGAUCAAGUUCAACUUCCAGAGGAAUAUUCCAGGCAUCAGGAUGUUCCAGAUACAGUACAAUGGGAGCCAGGACGACUCGCUAGUGUACAGAAUGAUCCCCCCGUCAAGCAAGAACUUCCUGGUCAACAACCUGGCAGCAGGGACGCACUACGACCUCUGCGUGCUGGCCAUCUACGAUGAUGUCAUCACCUCUCUGACGGCGACCCGCGUGGUCGGCUGUGUGCAGUUCACCACCGAGUCGGAGUACAUGAGGUGUCAUUUCAUGCAGUCGCAGUUCCUCGGCGGUACUAUGAUCAUUAUCAUUGGGGGGAUAAUAGUUGCCUCGGUGCUCGUUUUCAUCAUCAUCCUGAUGAUACGGUACAAGGUGUGUAACCCUGGGGAGGGUGGUAAAGGCGUUUCAUUGUCGAUGACCAACGUUCACUCGCAGACCAACGGGCAGCAGUCACAGGGAUGCACUGUGACUCCCAGUGCCUCUAAACAUGGCUCAAUCGGAUUAGAAGACCUCUCCGGAGGCUCAAAGAAAAGGAGCGGAGCAGCAGGAAGUGGAGGAGGAGGAGGAGGAGGCGGAGGGGGCAAGGAUACGAUGACUCAGUCGUCCGACUCUUCACUGCCUGACUGCUCCACGGCUACGUCAGUUCUCAGCCAGCCUUGGGGGGCCAGAAGCCCAACAGCUGGAGCCGAUGAACGGGAGAAAGCGGGUGAAGAAAGAGCUCAAGCUGGCAUCUCGACACCCACCUCCGCCACCGGUUCGCUACCCAAGCCUAAGCGGAAGCCCGCCCCGAGUAAACCAGGCUCGGCUUGCUCGAACGCCGAAAAUCUCCCCUCCUCCUCCCCUCGCCCCCCUUCCUCCUCCUCCACUGUCUCCUCUGCCCUCCUCCCUUCAUCUACCCCUCUAGAGAACCUCAACACCAACCGCAACAACUCCACCUCUCUCAACCAAACCCCGCCUCCCUUUGCCCCUUCGCCUUUCUCCAGCCCUCUCACCACGCCAAGCCCCAUCCCCUCCAUCCGAUUCAGAGAGACGCCCAUCCUGCGCCGAGCACCCCGCGCCUCCCCUUCUGCCGCUUCGUCCUCCGCCAAGUACCAGACUCUCCCUGUGGAAGAGGGAGGGAGGAGCAGGGCGAGGAGGAGGUACUCACUCAGUGAAGGAGGCUCAAAGACUCACUCGUCCCAUCAGGGAGGAGGAGCUCCCAAAUUAGGGCGCAUAAUGCGGAACAAAAGGAGCCAAUCAAUGAGCGGGAUGCUGCUCCCUAAAGAUGGGGACGGAGACUCGGACAAAGGGCGGUGUGACUCGGACUGGAUCUUAGAAAGCACAGUUUGAACUGGAACAAGACACCAACCAUAAAAUAAACUUGGUUCAUCCAUUAUUGUUUUCCUUUUGAAUGAG